GAGAACGAGAUUAAUAAAGAACGCUACUCUGAUUAUCGCGCCUUGGAGCAAUUAUCGUAUCUUGACUAUCUUUCCCACAGUGUUGCCAUCGACGCCAUCUUGCCCGGACGGAUGGUAGCAGGGCUGUGUGCCGCCGAGUGAGCAGCGCCAUGGCCGAGAAGCAGGCCGACCCCGACAUGAAGGGCUGGCUCUACAAGUGGACCAACUACCUCAAGGGAUACCAGAAGAGGUGGUUCGUGCUCACUAAUGGCCUGCUCUCCUACUACAGGUCGCAGGCUGAAAUGCUGCACACCUGUCGUGGCACCAUCAGCCUGCACGGGGCCGUCAUCCACACCGAAGACUCGUGUAACUUUGUCAUCAGCAAUGGAGGCACACAGACCUUCCACCUCAAGGCGUCCUCGGAGGUGGAGCGCCAGAAGUGGGUGACGGCGCUGGAGCUCGCCAAGGCCAAGGCCAUAAGGCAGAUGGAGAGCGGGGAGUUGCCCAUGGUGGAGGACUGGUCAUUUGUCAACCAGGACGAGGACGAGGAGGAUGUGGGUGACUCGGGCGCCGAUGACGUGGCCAACACCCUCAAGGUCCUCACGGCCAAGCUGGAGGACCUGAGGACGUGUCACGACCUCAUCAUGAAGCACGGCGCGGCGCUGCAGAAGUCCCUGAGCGAGCUGGAGGUCCUGGACGCCUCCACGCAGGACCUCAACGCCAAGACCAAGACCGUCAACGAAAGGGCGACGCUCUUCAGGAUAUCCUCCAACGCCAUGAUCAACGCCUGCAACGACUACGUGGAUGUGAGCAGCACCGCGGGGCGAAAGUGGCAGCGGCUCUUGCAACAUGAACGCGACCAGCGGCUGAGGCUGGAAGACAUGGUGGAGCAGCUCGCCCGCCAGCACUCACAUCUUGAACAGGAGGCCAAGGAGCAGAUGAACCAGGCCAUGCCCCCAGGUGUGCAGGGCCCCGACACAAGCAGCACCCCAGUGACCGAGUGCGUCUCCCAGCAGGCAUCCGCGGCAGGACACAGCCACAGUGAGGAUGAGGAGGAGAAUGAGUUUGAGGACGCCCUGGAGGAGCUCGCCGAGAACUUCAUUGUCCAUGUCAACACAGGGCAGGCACACAAGCGCACCAGCUCCAAUGUGUCGCAGGUGUCAGAGGGUCAGGGAGUAGGGGACACAGUGUCAGCGUCCAGCAGCGAGGGCGAGGCUCAGGACAACACUGUACAGGUCAUCAUGAGGAAAGACAACACUGACAGUAGCUAUAGCCUGAGUGAGGAGAUGGCCAGCCUGAAUGGGUCUCAGGCCACCACGCCGACGGAGCCCGAGGGGAAGCAGGCCAACGGCAGGCCCAAGCGUCAGCGCCGGGUGCGGGUGCCGGACAAGCCCAACUACCCCAUCAACCUCUGGUCCAUCAUGAAGAACUGCAUCGGCAAGGAGCUGUCCAAGAUACCCAUGCCUGUGAACUUCAGUGAACCGUUAUCGUUCCUGCAAAGACUCACAGAAGACUUUGAGUACAGUGACAUCCUGGACAGAGCAGCACAGAUUGAGGACUCCUGUGAACAGUUGUCCCUCGUCGCAGCAUUCACAGUCUCUUCGUACGCCACCACAGCGCUGCGCACGGCCAAGCCCUUCAACCCCCUGCUGGGCGAGACCUACGAGUGUGACCGCACAGACGACCUGGGCUGGCGGGCCGUCAGCGAACAGGUGUCGCAUCACCCGCCCAUCGUGGCGCAGUUCGUGGAGGGCAGCAGCGGGUGGAACAGCUGGCAGGAGUUUGCUAUGUCGUCCAAAUUCCGCGGCAAGUACCUGCAGAUCAUCCCCCUCGGCAUCGCACACCUCGAGUUCAGGAGCAGCGGUAACCACUACACCUGGCGGAAGGUGUCGACCACGGUGCACAACAUGAUCGUGGGUAAGCUCUGGCUGGACAACCACGGCGAGAUGGAGAUCGUCAACCACCACACCGGGGACAAGUGCUGCCUCAAGUUUGUGCCCUACUCCUACUUCUCCAGGGAAACGCCAAAGAAGGUGACGGGGUACGUGGUGGACAGCGAGGGGACUCUCAAGUGGUUCAUUACGGGUAUGUGGGACGAGAAGAUUGAGGCGUGUCGGGUCAUCUCACAGUCCUUAAGAGGCGGCAAGCCCGUGUACGAGACCGGCCCGCCCAAGGUGCUGUGGAAGAGGAACCCCAUCAAUCCAGAGGCAGAAAGAUACUACAACUUCACCGAGCUUGCGUGUCAACUCAACGAGCCGGAGGAGAUGGUGUGUCCCACAGACUCACGGAACCGGCCCGACCAGCGGCUUAUGGAGGAGGGCCGCUGGGAUGAAGCCAACGCCGAGAAGCUGAGGCUGGAGGAGAAGCAGCGGGCCACGCGGCGGAGCAGGGAGGCCGAGGCGGAACAGGCGGCUGCAGAAGGCCGCGAGUACCCCGCCUACUCCCCCCAGUGGUUCUGCAAGGAGACCGACGACGUCACCGGCGCGCUCAUCUUCCGCUACACCCACGAGUACUGGGACUGCAAGGAGCGGCAAGACUGGUCCAGGUGUCCAGACAUCUUCUAGUACGCGCCCGCCCCCCGCCCACCACCCGCCUUAUUUAUCCCCCGCCGCCGCCACGACCAGCCACACCACCCACCCAGAGAGGCACCACCACCACCUCCACCACCACCACUGCGACCACUUCCUCCAUCACACCCCAGGCCAUUGCAUUGGCUUUGUUCCUCCUCCUUGUCAGCCCUGCUCCCUACCCCUCCCCCCGCAGUGCUGCUGCUGCUGCUGCUUGCUGUGGUGGCGUCACUCAUGGCUGGUGCUGUGCCACAUCCCACAGCCCGGCCCUUCACUGACCUGCCACUUAUCACAUCCCCACCACCCACCACCAUCACCCUCACCACACCAUCACCCCCACCACCACCACUACCACCCCCUCACACCCCCGCCACACGCCAGUCUACCGUCCCUCAACCCCAGCCGUGCCGUGGCCAGGCUGUGUGGCGGCGGCGGCGGGCCCUCGCUCAGCGCUGCGGUGGUGGACACACUCCAUAUCAAGGCCCCGGAGCAGCCCUCCAGGCUUCAGGUGCUAACGCUGCGUGGUCGCCGGGGAGCAGCGUUGUUGUUGUGUUGGUGCAGUGUCGGGCCGAGCUGGGCCGGCAGGGAGGGUCAGCCAGCCGGCCGUGGACUGGACGGGGCAUGUCUGGCACCCUCUGGCACUCUGUUCUGUAGUUUUCUGGCAUCUUAUCCUGUGUUCCUUGUUUGUAAGAGACACUUUGACCCCUCAGCCACUGUUUGAGUGUCGGGUGUAUUUAUAAUCUGUUAGCGUGACGGGGCUCGUGCAAACGCCGGCAGCGACUGCCUGCUGCCCUCUGUACAGAUAUAUUUUUCUCUAGUAUUCCCUCAUUUAGUUGUUAAGAGACCGUGAUGGCAACAAGCCGCUGGUGUACAGGAUAUUUUCCCUUCUCACAAUAGCAUAUUUAUUGGACAUAUUUUUUCAAGCCGUUGUGUCGCUGAAGAGAGUCAGCCGCUGCACACUUGUGUUUGGUCCACGGAAGAGGAGGAGGAGGAGGAGGAGGAGGAAGAGAGGAGGAGGCCAGGCAGUGGCUGCACAAAGACCCGCCACGCGAGGGACGAUUCCUGCCGCAGCGUCUGACCGGAUCAAUCAAAGUAACAGUUAGUCAGUAGCCAGUCACUCCCGCGCAGGUGUUGUUCUGUGAGUGUGCUGUAGGCCAUCCGUCUCUCAAACAUCGGUUAGUCUUGUGAUCAUAGCUUAGCGCAGUAUUAAAGUUGUUAAGUUUGUGGCAUUCGCUAAAACUUCUCAGAAAUACAGAUGGCAGUUGUUGGUGUGAGAGGACCAUUGUUAGUGCCAGACAAUAUCUUGUGGUUCAAAUGUUCACAUGAUGCGGUUUUAUGAAGAAGCAAUUCAUGCAUUUUAUGUGAAAUAAUUAAAUUUAUAUUAUUUAAAACUUGAUGAUACUAAAAUAGGCAACUAGCAUUCCACUGUAUUUUUCCUUUAGCUUCCCACAAGGUCAAAGGGUAAGAGUUUAGCGUAGUCCUGAGUCACCCUGUCCUGAGGCCCUUGUUCCCGCCCCACCCUCUCCGCCACCCCCAGUGCGUCCGUCAGUCAGUCAACCAGUCUGUCUGCCUGUCCGCCCAUCGGCCUGUCUGUCUGUACCGUGCCCGGCGUGGCAGCGUCGGCACAGUCACUCUUCGUCUACAUUCUCAGAGGCGUGAACAGCCGUGGCAAAGGUGGAAGUUUUGUCUUGUUUGUGUAGACCUUAUGAUUACGGAGAUACGUUUGCGGUACUUUAUAGUUACUGAAUGAUAUGCUUAUUUUCCAUGUGGGUCAGGUGAAAAUUUAUAUAAAUAUAUAUAUACCUGUAUAAAGUUAUAGUCUGUUUGUACCAUAUUGUUAUUGGGUAUAAUUGUGAAAGCAUUUAUUGUGUGUGGAAUUCAGUAUCACAGAGAAAGAGGAGAAAGUGUUUGAGAAAGCGUCAGUGAUUCCAAAUUGCAACACUGUCAGGACUGAGUCAGCUGAUCAAGAAUCUUCCAUCAAGCCUCGGAGCAGCCACAUACAGGCAAGAUUCUUUUAGCAACCUGUGUAAUGUACUGUACUGUAUAUGUAAUUUCUUUCCCAUAAUUAACAUGACCCAGGAUGAGGGAAUGGUUGAGUAAUUAACACCUUUCCCUUCGUCAUUAUUAUUUUCUAUUUAUUUUACACUUUUAACAAUGGUAUCACAAUGUUGGAAGAGAGAACAGCAUAGCGUAACUUAAUAUUAUUUUUUCCUGAUUAUUUGUCUUCUCAGUUUCUUCUUCCCAAGUGUACCAGUGUGUGAACUAUGCCAGCGCCUCUCCAAGUCUCUCGGUUUCAAGUUAUUUCACCCGAUAGGUAGAGCAGGAUGGCUAUGAGGUGUGUGGGUGCGCUCGAGGGUGUGUGUGUUAUAAGAUGGUGGUGGAGUUGUUGGUGGUGGUGGUGGGGGUGAUGGUGGUGGUGGUGGUUGUUACGGUUAGGGCAGUGACUGUGUUGUAGCUGUCACUGCGGUCACCUCUAGACUGGGUGACUCCCUUGCCAGACCACCACCACUACCACUACUACUACUACUACAACUACUACAACCACAACAGGGUACACAUCCAUUGCCAUAUCAACGUACUUAUCAAAUGGAGGCACUUGAAACACACACACACACACACAUACACACACACACAAUUACACUCACACUGAUCAUUUUUAGGGCAUAUCUGUGUGUGUUUCAAGCCUUGUGAGAGUAUAAGAUGAUUGGUGAUAGGCUAAGUCAUCACCACCACCACCACCACCACCACCCAUUACUAGUCCACUGAUGAUAAUGGUGUGGAAUAGCGUAAAGUUGUCACCCCCAUUGCGGCUGGAGGUGUGGCAGCGAGGGGGGGGUCACUCCGCACACACACAAGUAAUUAAUACCUUUUCGUGCAUGUUCUUUUAUUUUAGUUUCUUUCGUGUAUAUUAUUAUUUUUCCAUGUGGCGUGCAAACCAAACCAAGCGAGUGUGUCUUCGUGAGUUCCUUGGUUCAUGAGUACGUGUGAGUUAGUUUCUUUGUCAUCUUAUUUAUUCGUUUUUUCAUUUUACGAGAAGUUUUAGGUGUAAUGCUGAGGUAGGAUAUAAGAAAGGGGGGAGGGGGGUGUCAUCAGAGCUCCUCAUCCACUUCCUGAUGUUCAGAAAAAAAAAUGUACAUCUCUACUUUUUCACUGUGCCGUUUGUUGUCCACAGGGAAGGAGACGAGAGAUCCGCUUGACCUGGUUGAGUUGAUAUUUUGUACUGAUGAGUGAUUCUUAGUGAGACGUUCAUCCUGUUCCUUGUUUUAGUGUUUCUCCGGAAGACUGUGUUGUUGCCAUGCAGGCCCACGAUUUGUUGCCUCAUGAGCAGCAGAUUUGUGUUGCGAGAAAUUUACAGACAACAAUCUUACUCUUCAUUCUAUUAUUGUGAGAUGUUGAAGAAAAAAGACAGUGUUGAUAUUUUCAUUUGUUUUACAGUGAACAGUGAAUAUGUUUUGAGAAAUUGUUCAUUGUCCUAAUUCAUCAUUCGUUUGUUUUACAGCGAGCAGUGAAUGUAUUGAGAAAUUGUUUAUCAUGCCACUUCUUCAUUCUGUUGAUGUGCCGUGAGAGAGAGACAGUAUUGUUUGCCACACAUGAAGGUGUUUUGUACAGAGUGUGUCUUGCUCCACCACUCUUGACUGUUGCUCCAUGUAUGUGAAGCCAGACAGCCAGCCACUCAGCCAUCCAGCCAGUCAGCCACUCCCUUGCCUCCCACCACCACCACCACCACUGUCACCAUCAAGCCCUUUACUCACCCAACAUUGGCAAGUCAGAACAAACAACACACUUCUUAGCCUUUAAUAAGCUGUUAGAUAUGACCGCUACUUGUUUGUAGUACUUAUAACAAGGAUCAUUGACUUGUAUACACACCUCUUUGUCCCCAGGAAUAUGUUUGGCAUUGAUAUAUAGACUUUGCAUGAUCACUAACUUUCUCUACAAACCAUUCUGUCCCUUGAAUAUGUUUUGGCAUCUUUGCAUUGCUCAAGAAACUGGCAAGUCCCCCUCCUCCACCUCACACUUUCUGUCUUGCACCGUCCUAUGCUGUGUCCAAGAAAAAGAGAGUAAGAGAGAGAGAGGAGGCGGGUGCUGUGGCUUGGCUGUGUCUCUGUAGUUUGCCUGCUUGUGAUACUCUGGUGAUUAGGGCAGAUUAGGGUGUUAGGGCAGCCAUCCACAGCUCAUUAGGGAAGACGUAGAACAGAACACGACAGGCCCAUGUUCUUAAGCGUCUCGGCACCUCCGCUCGCACAUUUGAAAAGUCUCGUAGAAGUUGCUGGGCUUUUCAUGGACUUUUGUGAUUCUAGUGAUAGUUUUACCCGACUUCUGCAUCUUUAGCAGAGAAAAUCAUCCAUGAAAACCCGUCUAUUCUUCUCUGAGGCCGUGGAAAAUAGUAAUGAGAGCCCGAGACACUUGAGAAUAUGGGUCUUAGAGUAAUAGAUCACCCGAGUGCAAGUUUCUAUGUCCUGUACCUCCUUUUGUCCCAUGCUAGAGGUAGGGGGGUAGGGGAGUGCUGAUCCGUAGUGAGAGUUUAUCUGUAUUAAUUUACUUCCACUACACCUGACUUGAUUUUCCAUGUCGAGAAGUGGUUUGUUUUGUCUAUUUUAAAAGUAUAAGCGCCACGAACUGUUGGCCCAAACGUAUAUUUGUCUGGUGGAUCAAGAGAGGAAAUGAGAGGGAAGGAGCGUAUAUUUUUUUGUGUAUGUUUGAUCUAUCACGGUUAGAGUUAAUGAGCUUGUACUGUUGUGUGAUGCAAAAAAAUAAUAGUGUGAGUAGAUCUUUUUGACUGAAUGAAUGAUUAUUAUUAUUGGCAUUGUUGAAACUUUAUAUAUACAAGAUUGUGAGGUUUUUUUCUCUUACACACACACACACACACACACACACACACACACACACACACACACACACGAGUUGGAUGGAGUGAUAGAUUUUUUUAAUAUUUUUCCUGUGUCAUCAAAUCUUAAGCCUUUUUUUCUUCUCAAUCUUUUUCUCCUAGACCAGAAAAAAACACCAGCACCCUCCCUUGUACGAAUUACCCGAAACCUUUAUUAACCUGCGGUGGAGCAAGUCGCGUGGUGGCGGUCAAGUGGAGCGAGCGUUUCAGAGUCGAUGGAAAUGAUGAAGAAUGAAAAAAAUGAAAGUUUAUUUGAAAGUUUAUUCUUACAUAUAUAUAUAAUUUCUAUAAUGCGUUAAUUGCUUUUGUGAUAAAGAAGAAAAUAAAAUGGGAGAUAGAA